AAAUAAACGAACACCUUGCGCGUUGGUCGUUACUUUUGUCACCUCAAAAUAAACAAACGCUGUGCGAAUCCAUGGAACUUGAAAGGAGAAUCAUCAUCAUCAUCAGGAGUCUCCAUCACCACCACUGCCGCCUCCACCACCACCCUCCUUCACACCAUCAAGGCCUCAUUGGCCUUUUAGUUUUCAUAAAAAAUAAAAAAUACAUAUACAAAUAAAUUAGUUAGAAACAAAGUACAAACCUCUUUUUUUUAUAUUAUUAUCAUUUUUCUUCAAUGGGGAAGUACGCCUUGUUGUUUCGUUCCAUCCGUCGUCGUUUAAAGAAGAAACGUGACCCACCCCCGCCAGCGCCGCCUCCGCUCCCGCCAAUUGGUGCUUCGGCUUCUCCUUCGGCUCAGAACGUGAUCGGCGGUGGUUGUGGUGGUGGGGCCGUGGCGGCAAAGGCGAAGAAGAAAGCGAGGCUGUGGAUGAGGUUUGAUUUCACGGGGAAAUCGGAGCUUGUUGAAUGUGAUAAGGGUGUUAUUAUUGAACGCGCGGGGAUUCCGGGGAGGGAUUUGAGGAUUCUUGGCCCUGUGUUCUCUCACUCUUCUAAUAUUCUUGAUUCUUGCCCCGGUUGUGAUUCGCGUGGCAGUACAAAUAAAUACAAAGCUAGGGAGAAAGCCAUGGUUGUCAAUUUGGAGUUCAUAAAGGCUAUAGUUACAUCUCAAGAAGUGCUGUUGCUUGAUCCUCUGCGCCAGGAAGUGCUUCCUUUCGUGGAUCAGAUUAGACAACAACUUCCUCAUAAAAGCUCCUUUAGCACCUCUGGAGCAAGGGCUGCAGAUGUGCAAGAUAAUGAAUUGCAGGUUUCCACACGUGGACUGUGGUCACCUAUUCCAGAAGCUGUUGAAGGUGGACAGAAUGAGCUUCCAUUUGAGUUUCAGGUUCUGGAGAUUGCAUUAGAGGUUGUCUGUACAUAUUUGGAUUCCAGUGUGGCUGAACUUGAGAGAGAUGCCUACCCUGUGUUGGAUGAACUAGCAAGAAAUGUUAGCACCAAGAAUCUUGAACAUGUGCGGAGUUUGAAAAGCAAUCUUACACGUCUACUUGCCCGCGUACAAAAGGUGAGGGAUGAGAUAGAGCAUUUACUAGAUGACAAUGAAGAUAUGGCACAAUUAUAUUUAACAAGGAAGCGGAUCCAGAAUCAGCAAGCUGAGGCUUUGCUAGCAGCUGCAGCUUCGAAUAGUAUUGUUGCACGAGCACCUCAUCUUCGUCGACUUAGCUCUAACAGGAGUGGAAGUUUGGUGACAAGUACCUUUAUGGAUGAUAAUGAUGUAGAAGAUUUGGAGAUGUUGCUUGAAGCUUACUUUAUGCAGCUAGAUGCAACACGCAACAAGAUACUUUCUGUCCGUGAAUAUAUUGAUGACACAGAAGACUAUGUCAACAUCCAACUUGACAACCAGCGUAACGAACUCAUCCAGCUCCAGUUGAUAUUGACCAUUGCAUCCUUUGCUAUAGCUGUUAACACCUUGAUAGCUGGGAUAUUUGGGAUGAAUAUCCCUUGUGAACUGUACCAUAUUCACGGGAUAUUCGAAAUUUUCGUUGGGAGCACAACAGCUGCUUCUGUACUGCUUUUCAUACUCGUGCUAGGAUAUGCCAGAUGGAAGAAGCUGCUUGGUACAUAGAGUCAUUGUCAAGUAUGGCUAUGAUUUCUUAAAUUUACGAACUUUAGUUUCUUAUUUAUGAAUCCCAAUAAUGUUUAUUAUGGAAAACGCAUACAGGAGAUGAUGACCAAGUUCCAAAUGAUUCUUGAUACAUCAUGUAAAAAUUUGAAUGGACAAGUACAUUGCUUUUCUUCUAUAGUUCUUCAAUGUUAGUGGCCUAAUGAGCAUGGGGUUCUUUUGCACUGAUGGUUGUCAACUGUGCCAUUUGGAUUUGUAGUGUCACCAGCUGUCCAAAAACAGUCGAAUUGUCUGGUACUGUUGCCGGGAUCUCCAGGUUUUUAGUAACCCUCCUCAGUGUUAUUGGUGAUAUGUAAUGUUAUAUUUAACGCCAAAUUUGUAAUGCAUUGUGAAUUGUAACUUGUUAUUUUGAUAACGAAUAGAAGUUACCAUUUUUGUGUCGAGUA